AUUUAGUUUAAAAGGUUUUCGUCACCGAAGCGUUAUUAUGCAGCUCACAACAAACUGUAAGCCGUCAGAUUUAGCCAGCACUUGACUUUAUUAGGUUUCAAUCCUCUUAUGAUAAAACGCGCGCAGCGCUGUUGAUUGGAAGCGACGGUGUAUCCGGAUGUGAGCGUCACACAAGUCAGCAUGAAGCGCAACAACAUCCAAACUGUCAAACGGACUUAAACAAGAGAAAAAGAGAGACGUAAAGCGGGACACCCGACAACUUGGUUCUGCUUUUCACACGUUGUGCAACACGCAGCCGCAUUAGAUUUGGGAACCAUGCCCUGACUAUCCAAGCUGUCAAACGGACUUAAACCAGAGAGAGACGUAAAGCGGGAGAUCUGACCGGUUCUGCUUUUCACAAGUUGUGCUCAGUAGGCUAUUUGUUUUGCUUGGUUCACUGGAGAUUUAACUUUACUGCUAUGGAAUGACAAUUAUGCAAGGGAACAAAACAGCUUCAUUGUAUCAGCGCCAUCCCAAGGACAUAAUGUCUUCGGCUUUCUCUCGUUCGGGAUUUGUGGUCAUUUGUGUGACUCUAGUUUUAAAUCUUGCCCUGUACCCUACACUGAGAAUGGUGAGCAUUCAGAUCCACUCUGCUAUAACGGGAAGCUAUGUUGCGGGAUAUCACUCUGUGUUACUCAUCAACUGUCCUACUGAACAGAUUGCUAGAGACAUUGGCAGGGGCAUCAUGGAGAAAAGAUUGGCAGCAUGUGUGAAUAUAUUUCCCCGCACUACCACUAUGUAUUACUGGAAAGGAGAGUAUCAGGAUGCGUCAGAAAUACUCCUGCUUGUGAGGACAAGAACAUCUCUUAUACAAAGACUUAAUGCUUAUUUAAGAGCUGUGCAUCCAUAUGACCUUCCAGAAAUCAUCAGUUUUCCCAUUGAAGAUGGAAGCCUGCACUAUUUGAAGUGGAUAGAAGAUGCAGUCACUGAUAUUUGAAAUGUGAAUGUUUUGUAUUUAAACGUAGAAGCACCUUUAAACUUCAGAGUGCAAAAUAACAAAAUGGGGUCGUGGUUAAAUGAUAUGUGAGUAGUUUUUCUCAGCUAAAUGAGAAUUGUGGUCCAAGAAUAAAUAACAAGUGAAUUUGUUUAGAAGGCAGUUUGUCUGAUAUGGUUGUACCCAUAUACCAGAAAGCAAAAAUAAGAAAUCAUCCUGACAUUUUAAAGGAUCAAUUGCUUCCAAACUGCCUUUUUGUUUAACUGGAUCAGACUUUGUUCAGAUCUGAGUGACCUUAGGUGUUACAGCAUAGAAACUAUGCUCAAUAGCAUCUGUUUAAAUGUAUAUAUUUAUUGACCUUUUAUUGACUUGAAUAACUUAUUCAAAUAUUUCUAAUAUGACUUACAUGAUUUGUUCAAAUAACUUAUUUGGUUAGUCAUGUUUAAAUGGUGGUUGGGUAAUUUACGUGUUUUUGUUUUACAAAUCUGUACUACAUUCAUUUCAAAAUAAAGAAUGAAACCAUUUUA